AGAUUAAGUGAAGCUUUACAACUUUUCAGGUGAAAUGGUAACAAAGCAGCCCUUGAUUAGAAGUAUGAGGACUGUGAAAAGGGAAACUUUAAAACUGAUUUCUGGCUGGGUGAGCAGGUCUAAUGAUCCUCAGAUGGUUGCUGAAAAUUUUGUUCCUCCUUUGUUGGAUGCAGUUCUCAUUGACUACCAGAGAAAUGUUCCAGCUGCUAGAGAACCUGAAGUACUUAGUACUAUGGCUAUCAUUGUAAACAAGCUGGGUGGACACAUUACUGCUGAAAUACCUCAGAUAUUUGAUGCUGUUUUUGAGUGCACAUUAAAUAUGAUCAAUAAGGACUUCGAAGAAUAUCCUGAACAUAGAACAAACUUUUUCUUGCUACUCCAGGCUGUAAAUUCUCAUUGCUUCCCAGCCUUCCUGGCCAUUCCACCUGCACAGUUCAAACUUGUUUUGGAUUCUAUUAUUUGGGCUUUCAAACAUACAAUGAGAAAUGUUGCAGAUACAGGACUUCAAAUACUUUACACUCUGCUACAGAAUGUUGCACAAGAAGAAGCUGCUGCUCAGAGUUUCUAUCAGACAUAUUUCUGUGAUAUCCUUCAGCACAUCUUCUCUGUUGUAACAGAUACUUCACACACUGCUGGUUUGACCAUGCAUGCAUCAAUCCUUGCAUACAUGUUCAACUUGGUAGAAGAGGGAAAAAUAAGUACUCCAUUAAACCCUGGAAAUCCAGUGAACAACCAAAUGUUCAUUCAGGAGUAUGUUGCUAAUCUCCUCAAAUCUGCAUUUCCUCAUCUACAAGAUGCCCAGGUUAAGCUGUUUGUAACAGGACUCUUCAGUUUAAACCAGGAUAUUCCUGCCUUCAAGGAGCACCUAAGGGAUUUCCUGGUCCAAAUAAAGGAAUUUGCAGGUGAAGACACAUCAGAUUUAUUCUUGGAGGAAAGAGAAACAGCCCUUCGACAAGCUCAAGAGGAGAAACAUAAACUUCAGAUGUCUGUACCUGGCAUUCUUAAUCCACAUGAAAUUCCUGAGGAGAUGUGUGAUUAAAAAACAAGUUCUGCGGUUUUCUUUCUGUGCAGCCACUUUGUUGUGACAGAAGAAAACAGCACUUGGAUAUUUGUUGACCAAAAUGAUGCCAAUUUGUAAAUUAAAAUGUCACCUAGUGGCCCUCUUUUCUUAUGUGUUUUUUGUAUAAGAAAUUUUCUGUGAAAUAUCCUUCCAUUGUUUAAGCUUUUGUUUGGUCAUCUUUAUUUAGAUUUGCAUGAAUUGAAAAUUAAUGCAUUUUCAAAGUAAUUAUUUCAUGCCCAUUUUUGUGGCUAAGGGGAAAAUAGGCAAAACAUAAAUUGUAAAGGACUAUAUUGCAAAACUAUACAACUUCCUGUAAGAGUAUCAAUUUUUAAUUUGGGAUCUUUUUCUUUCUAGCCUGUCCUCCAGUCUAGUAGAAAAAGCAAUGAGUAAAACAGUUUUAAUUAAUUGUUAAGCAGAGGAUUAUAGUGCUGCAAUUUUUUUGAUCCAUUAGCAGCUUUUUGGAUUUGAGUGGGUAAAGGCUAGGCUUACAUGUAUUUGCAAGUUGUAUGGCAAGUUUGCAGCAAGAUCAUGUGCAUAUCAUCCCAUUGUAAAGCAACUUCUAAAGCGUAUGGGAACACAGUACAGUUAGUUAUUUUUACACAGUUCUUUUGUUUUUGUGUGUGUGCUGUCGCUUUGUCGACAACAGCUUUUUGUUUUCCUCAAUGAGGAGUGUUGCUCAUUUGUGAGCCUUCAUUAACUCGAAGUGAAAUGGUUAAAAUAUUUAUCCUGUUAGAAUAGGCUGCAUCUUUUUAACAAUUCAUAAAAUAAGAAAAAAAAACCUUCUGGCUUUUGAGAUGACUUAUACUAAUUUACAUUGUUUACCAUGCUGUAGUGCUUAAAGAACACUACUUAAAAGCAAAAUAAACUUGGUUUACAUUUAUUUUUCUUUCUUUGGCUUAUUCUUUUAUUGGAUGAAAAUGCUGUGAUCAUAUUAAAGGUUUGUUCCUAUACCCUGAAGGCAUAGGAAAUGGUCCUUGAGGUCUAGGUUACCAUUGCUUCUGAUUUCCCCUGAUCUCAAGGACUUCGGCUAUGCUUGAAAGCUAACAAGAAAUAAGUUGGGUUCUAUCUAUUUGAAAGUAUAGUAGCUGUUUUGACUUAACACCAUGACUAAAAAUACUCCAUACUACAUUGCUGUAGAAUGCCAGUAAUAAGGUAUUCUUGCUCUCAAUAUAUGUACUCUUUGUAUUUUAUUCCAAAGAGUUAUUGAAAUGUAUCUUGACUAAAAAUUGAUACUAGUACAUAUUAAUAACACGUAUAGACCAGAUGUGCAGUUAUUUUUCUACCUAAAGUUUUGUAGUUAAAUAAUUUUCACAGACGUAUGAAGUACAGAUGAGAAAACUUUAGUGUGAACACUAAGAUGGUGUACAGUCUUAGCUUCCCCAUGUUUGCAGCGUCUCUUCUAUUUUCUAACAGUUGACAUUAAAAUAUCCCAAGGUUUUUAUUUUCUUUCCAUUUUACUUUGUCUCUGGUCUUAGGAUUGUUAAUGUGAUGCAAAGCAUAACAAUUAAUUCAGAGCUGUAAAACAAAGUUAGACAGUUGUGGAGGUGCUUUAUGUAAGCUUGGAUACUGUAGGUAAUUUUGUGCUGUACAUUAAGUUUGAAGUAGAAGUGCAUGAGAUAGCAGUGUUCAAUGUAUAAUUUUACCGUAACCAGAAUGUUUCCAGUCGUAAGUACUGGUCUCAUUCUGUGUCUGAAAAUCUCUCUUGCUUGACUUAGUUGGCCUUAAAAAACCAAAGCCACUACUUCUGGAACAUCUUUUAUCAUCACAAAUACUGCAGUCUGAAAGUGCUAAGCUGUGGAGACAAUGUUCCUCAAACCCUUUAUGACUGGGACUUACAUUGUAGCCUACCAAAAUUUGUUAAUUAGUUUGUAGAUGAAAGAUUUGUUUCUCAAACUCAUGCUUUAAGCUUUUUCAUGUCUUUCUGUCCACUAGAAUUACAGAUUUUUGUUCUUGUAAAGCCGUAUGUACCCUAAGAAGCAGUUUAAAGUGUUUGAAGUACUGUUGAAGGAUACUAAAAUGGCUUGUGACCAGGCUUAGUCACAGCAUUAUAGAGCUGCAGGUUAUCAAAAGCUAUGGAGACAGGAAGAAAACUAUUAAAAUGGAAAUACCCCCAAUAGUGUGACAUCAGAAUGACCAGAUUCCACAAGCUGCAGAACUAGGUUAGUUCAGACAUGCAGUGAAAAUAGUUUGAAUAAAAAGCACACGUGUGCUUUUAUGUGCUCCUUUCAUUUUCAAGGUUGAAGUAAAUUUGCAGGGCUUGUGGUCUGAUGCGUACUGAAGAAUUACAUCUGACUUUCAAAGAACACCUGAAGUGUUUUUAAAAAUGCAAUUCAAAUAAGAGUUUUUCAUUAUUUUGGAACCUUUUAGAUUAUCUAGUAACAAAAUGGUGAUGUUAGUUCUCACUUCCCUUUUAAAUCUGACAAAAAACUGUUAUCUUCAAAAUUGGUGCCUUUUGCUGAUCUCUGCAGAUGCUAUGAAAAUUCAGCUUAUGCUGAGUUCUUGAUAAAAUUUGGGGGGAAGGGUGUGUCUAUUCCUAGUGCAGUUAUCCUGUAUGUCAAAAAAACUAUUACAAUGUACACCUGAGAAGGUUAUAGAUACUAUGUUGAAUGCACACUCUGGAAAUGAAAAUAAAUGGAUAAAUAGCAUGAACCCAUCAUAAAAAUAACUACAACUUGUAAUUAUAUGUAAACCAAUGUUUACUUUGUGCAUAUUUCUAUACAAAUUUUAAAAGAAAAAAUUCUAUGUACUCUAGGUACAUUCAUUAACAAAAAUAUUACAGGGUGUUUUCUGUGUUUACAUGAAUUGAUUGCCUGUUAGCUGAUGAAGACACCCCCAAGUGCUUGUUUCAGGCUACCAUGUGUUUGCUACUGUAACUGGAGCAAUUAUUUUCCAAAGCAUUUUAGGUUAGUUUUCUUUUUCUAACUUGAAUAAUUUGCUGUGUGUUAAUCUGAUUGGUUAAGUGAACUAUUUUCCAAUAAAGUUAAUAUUUAUGCAAAAAG